CUGCUCGCCGUCCUCUUCCUCCAUCAUGAAGAUGAGGAAUCUCCUGCUCGCCCUGCUGCUGGCUUACGGGCUGCCUCCGGCGCGUGGCAGCUUGCUGGAGCUGGAGCGCAUGAUCAGAGUGACCACAGGGAAGAGUGCCCUGCUCUCCUAUAGCUGGUAUGGGUGCUUCUGCGGCAUCGGGGGCAGAGGGACCCCAGUGGACCCCACUGACACCUGCUGCCAUGCCCACGACUGCUGCUACAGGCAGCUGCGAGAGAGCAGCUGCAGCCCCCUGAUAACCCCGUACCAAUUCGAUGUCACCGAUGGGGGCAUCACCUGCGGUGAUGAGCAAAGCUGGUGCAAGAGAGAGACCUGCCUGUGUGACAGGGCCAUGGCUUCGUGCUUUGCCAGCGCUCUGCCUUCCUACAACGUGUCCUACCGCUUCUACUUCAAGCUGAGGUGCAGAGGGAGCAAGCUGCAGUGCUGAAAUCUGCACGUCUGCCUGUUUUGAGUGCCUUUCCUCGUUGCUGUGGGAAGGACAGGGUGAUGUGGGUGCUGAGAGGGGCUGCAGCCCUCCUCCCAGUGAGGUGAUGCGCAGGG